CGCGAACGGGACGCGCACCUCUACCCUACCCGCUGGUCUCCGAAGGACCCGAUACUGCUGCCGCUGGGAAUAACGAUGGACGUCGGACCCCAAACUUCUCGAGUCAACUGUUGGUUCUACAACGCAGUCGCGUGGUCGUAAAAUGACCGUCGAACAUGGCGAGCUGGACGCACGCGCGCCCUACAUUCAUACUAUGCUCGCCGGAGGGCUUGGUGGGACUACUGGUGAUAUGUUGAUGCACUCCCUCGACACCGUCAAAACCCGACAGCAAGGCGACCCGCACAUGCCGCCCAAGUACACAUCCUUAGGCUCGUCUUACUACACGAUAUGGCGGCAGGAAGGAAUUCGACGUGGUUUAUACGGAGGGUGGCUCCCGGCCAUGAUGGGCUCCUUUCCCGGCACGGUUUUCUUCUUUGGGUCCUAUGAAUGGAGUAAGCGGCAAAUGCUUGACUACGGCAUCGAGCCUCAUAUUUCCUAUCUAACGGCCGGUAUUAUCGGCGACUUUGCCGCUUCUAUAGUGUACGUGCCAUCCGAAGUGCUAAAGACUCGUCUCCAACUCCAGGGGCGCUUCAACAACCCCCAUUUCAACUCGGGGUAUAACUAUCGUGGAACCUUCGAUGCCGUGAGAACUAUCAUCAAGACUGAGGGGUUCUCCGAGCUAUUUUCCGGAUACAAGGCAACUCUAUACCGAGACGUACCCUUUUCGGCAUUGCAGUUCAUGUUUUACGAAACAUUCCAGAGCUGGGCCCGCCAAUAUAAGAAGAGUCAAGAUAUCGGGACCCGACUAGAGCUUCUCACUGGCGCCGCCGGUGGAGGGCUAGCCGGUGUACUGACCUGCCCCCUUGACGUAGUCAAGACGCGGCUGCAGACCCAGAUCGAUGCUGCCCCUACCAGGAGCAACCCAAAGAGCCGUUUGGCGACGGAGCCUGCCUUGGGACUGAAAGACAAGACGCCGAAGCAGCCUCCACCUUCACCAAUACUACAAAAACGCCCUAUAUCAACAUCAUCGCCUUCGACACACACACCACACCCAGGCGCUAUCGCGCUAGAUGAGGAUUCGAUACUCAAAGGCUUGAGGUCCAUAUAUAGAACGGAGGGAAUCGGGGGUUGGUUUAGAGGAGUUGCACCGCGGUUCGCCUGGACUAGCAUCCAGAGCGGUUGCAUGUUUUUCUUAUACCAGACCUUCUUGCGACAACUGCAGGUGUGGUUCCCGGUGGAAAGACCUGAAAUGCACGUUUAGACCUCUUUAAAGACGAACUUAAUCACAACGCCCGAGCCCGCUCCGCCAGGCAUCGGACAGUGUAAUAAGUAGGCAACAUUGCACGGCGUUUAGGCGGGAGGGGGUAUACCCCGGAAAAGAAAGAAGAAAACAUAGGAUAGAGGCAUGUACGAAGUAUAGUAAAGAUAUUUAUAGGAUAGAAAAACCCCACCUAGUUGAGCUAUGUGCCAAAGCCUGUCGAAGAUACCUACCUCGGGGGUAGCUCGGGACGCGUUGUCGGUUCUGGGAACCGACCU